AAGCCGAGCAGGAGCCUCGCUUUCAGCAGCAGCAUCCAUCGGACAGCGAGUAGCACGAGAAAAGGCCAGGAGAUAAAUUAAAGACUACCACGUCUGCUGGAAACCUGCAGCUUCUGUUGACUGCGACCAAGUUCUGGUACUAAACUGUGACACGAUGAAAGUGGCUGUUGUUUUUGUCCUGCUCUUCGCCACUGUUCUCUGCCGGCCGGCGAGAAAAGUUUCUGAUAGCGAUUCAGACAGCUCGGAGGAAGUGGUGAGAAGACCAGCGCCUCCAGCCGUCAGAAGACAGCCAUUGGUUCUUUCUAAGUCACAGACGCAGAACGUUGUAGCACCAGCUAAGGCCGGUUCAGACGAGAGUGAAGAUGCCUCAGAUGAAGUUGAGGAGGCACCGGCGGCUGAGGCUCCGGUAGAGGUCAAAGCUUCACUUCCAACUGCAGACACGGGAUCUGAGGACAGUGAUGAUGACCAUGAUGAUGAUGACGAAGAGGAGAGUGAAACAGAAGAGGAAGAAUCUGAGUCAGACUCACAGUCUGGUGAGUCCUCCACCCCCGCGCCUGUCACCGUCACCCCCACACCUGGAAUAGUCGAGCCAGAAACCACUCCAGAAUACAUCGUGCCGACCAUCGUCACCGACCCCGAUGCUGGCCGCGGCGACAGUUUGGGAGGAUACCCUGAUGACUACAAGUCCAUCGUCUAUGUGGAGGAGAAAUCCUACCACAAGGUUCCCAACCCCUACAAGUCCUAUGAGCUUGUCGGAAAGAAGGUGGCCUACGACAUGACGCACGGCAACGAGGUGGAGAAGUCCCAAAAAGUUUACAAGGUACAGGCUUUUCAGAUCCACUCUGACCUCGUGGAAGAGGACACCAGCACCCCAGAAGUGGAGACCCAGGGCCUGGAUGCCUCUUCUGGACUCCCUCAGGACCAGGACGUGAGCCCCCGACAGGGCGCCCUUCCCGAGGAGGAGCAGAGCGCCAGCAGCACUGCGUCCACCGCCAACGAGAGCGAAAGCAGCAGCACUCCCGAGGAAGAGGAGGAAGAGGAGGGGGCCAGCUCCCCCGACAGUGCCAGCGCAGAGUCCGAGGAUGAGGAGAGCCAGAGCAGCGAGGAGGCCACCGCCACGCCCGGAGCCGCCGACAGCGAUUCAGACGAGGACGACAGCGUGGAGGGCGACUCAGACGAGGAAGGGCCGGGGCCUGACGCCACCACUGACCUGCCAGUAGUCGUCACCGCCAAGUAAGGCGAACAGGAAGUGGGGUGGACGGUGGCGUAAUCGUCACAAAAAGAGCUGCAUCCUGGAGAAAAGACCUCCCCUCUCUCCUGUCCUGAGGCCACUAAAACUGCAGGGUCACACAGGGAAAACCACAGCUUUACUAUUAUUACUAUCAUUUCUAAUAUUCUUCGGCAUUAUUUAUCUGAUUAUUUCUGACCAUCUGCAUGAAAACCGACGUUCCUGCUGUGGGUUUAUUUAAACAAAGCAAUACCUCCUGCAACCUGUGGCGCGUCGACAGGCGCCAUGUCUGGUCCCUGAGGGCAAAGCACAGAGGAUGUUCAAGAUGGCGACCGCUACCUGCUACAGGUUUCCCCCGAGCUCACGGUCUUCUCUCCCCAUUAACCCUAUUACCGCAGCGGUCUAAAAUAAAAACUGCAUCAGAACAAACAAGCUUAAACCCUCUUGUCUACACCAGAACCCGAUGCAAUCAACAUUUCGUAACUGCUAUUUGCAAAUUAUGGUUAUUGCGCUUUAUGAGUAGAGGAAAUAGAAAUAGUUCUGUUGAAAUACUUGGAAUAUUUUGAGUGUAAUUGAAGAAAAGAAAACUUGAUUUUUUUAAAGCCACACAUGUGCAGCCAGUGUGGCUGAAGCUUUAUUGUUCGCUGAAUCACAUUUUCUCCUGGCGUAGAUAUAAGGAUGCAGAAAGGUUAAUUUGCAUUGCAGUGAAAAUUCACUAUACAUACAUAUACAUGCAGCACAGUCUUGUCUAUUUGCACAGUUACUACCUUCAUUACAUGGUGUUUUUCCAAUGUUGUUAACUGUAAUGUAACAUAUUGUACCUUUUCUAAAAUAUGAAUAAAGUUCUUUUUCAUAUAAAAACUAA